AUGUGGCAGUUCAAUUCUUGGGGUGUGGCACCAUCCCCACAGACAGCCAAGGAUGACUUCAGCAAUGUUGAUGCCUAUGCAGCCCAGCUAGGGUGGUACCAACUCUUCACCAAGAAGAAGGGUGUAGACAAGCCUGAUGAGGAAGAACAGCCUGAACUUGCCAAGCUCAAGUACACCUAUGAGAGGGGGCCACAGGGAGAAUUGGCAGUGACACACAGAGCAAGGGGUGUGAAGAUGGUGCUUGGGCCUGCAAGCUCACCCAUCACUUUCAUCUACAGAAAUGGAUGCAACAUGGUGAAGAUUGCUGAAACCAGCAAGGCCUCUGAGCAUCCUGGCUUCUUUGCUCAGUGGUUACCUGGGUAUGUUUGCAGCUUGGAUGAGAUCUUUGACAACUGCAAUGGCUUGGAAAGCUGGUGGGGCCAUGUGGCAACCUGGCAACUUAUUAGUGUUGAAAUUGAGCAUGCUGAAGUGGCUGUGGAGCUGAUGGGCCAAGCUUUCUGGGCCAAGAAUUAUGUGGACAAGACCCUUGGCCACUUGGCCAUUUGCUGGACUACAUGCAGACCACUGGCAAGCCAAACAAUUCCAGAACUUGCUGAAGCAAAGGCCAUUGCCACUGAAGGAAGGCUAGGUGCCAUGGCCAGCACAGCAACUCCUGGAUCUGUGAGAGCCCCAUCUUUAACUUCUGCAUCCAGCAUCUAUGACAGCACUGUGGAUGCUACAACCCUGGUCUUGGGCGCAUCCCCUGGCCAAGCUUCAUCCAUGCCUGACACCAUCUACUCUGGAGCCACUUGGGGUAGAGAGAAGCAGCUUGGGAUCAAGGAUGUGAUGCAGGUCCAGGGGCAGCCAGGUGCAAACAAGCUAGGUGAAUUGAAGCAACACAAUGCACACUUGGAACAGCAGUUGAAGCAGAAGCUAGCUACCACACAACCACAACCAGAAAUGCAAAUGAAAGAGCUGGAUGCCCAGAAAGCAAAGGUAGCACAGCUGCAAAAGCAAUUGGAAGCACAGAAAGCACAGGAAGAAGCAAAGGCUCAACAGGCUGCACUAGAAGCAGAGAGGGCAAGAACAGCAGAAUUGCAACAGCAACUAGAGGCCUACCAGAAGCACCAGCAAGGAGUGGCAUUGCAGCAGAAGCUGGAAGAAGAUGCCAGAGCAAAGCAACUACAUCAGGACCAGCAGGCAGCACUGGAGGCAGAGCAAGCAAAAGCAGCAGAGUUGCAACAGCAGUUGGAUGCACAGAAGCAGAAGCAACAAGAAGAAGAAGCAAAGGCAGCACUGGAAGCAGAACAGGCAAAAGCAGCAGAGUUGCAAAAGCAAUUGGAUGCACAGAAACAGAAGCAGCAAGAAGAAGAAGCAAAGGCAGCACUGGAGGCAGAGCAGGCAAAAGCAGCAGAGUUGCAACAGCAGUUGGAUGCACAGAAGCAGAAGCAACAACAAGAAGAAGCAGCAAAGCAGGCAGAAGCAGCAGAGAAGCAAAAGCACCUGGAUGCCAAUAAAGAUGCAGAAGCAGAAGCAGCAAAGGCAGCACUAGUGGCAGAGCAGGCAAAAGCAGAAGAGUUGCAAAAGCAGCUGGAUGCACAGAAACAGAAGCAACAAGAAGAAGCAAAGGCAGCACUGGAGGCAGAGCAGGCAAAAGCAGCAGAGUUGCAAAAGCAGUUGGAUGCACAGAAGCAGAAGCAACAAGAAGAAGAAGCAAAGGCAGCACUGGAGGCAGAGCAGGCAAAAGCAGCAGAGUUGCAAAAGCAGUUGGAUGCACAGAAACAGAAGCAACAAGAAGAAGAAGCAAAGGCAGCACUGGAGGCAGAGCAGGCAAAAGCAGCAGAGUUGCAACAGCAGUUGGAUGCACAGAAGCAGAAGCAACAAGAAGAAGAAGCAAAGGCAACACAAGAGGCAAAGAAGAGCAAAGCAGCAGAGGCACAACUGAAGCAACAAAACAAACCAUCUGAGGCAGCAAAGGUACAGGUGGACAAUGGCCUGAAAAAUAAUGAAGUGCAAGACUUGACACAACACAUAGAAGAGCCAGCUGCUGCCAAACCAGCAGUGCCAGUGGUGGAGGUUGAAGAUACAGAAACAGCUGAGGAAGUGAGAGCUUUGGCUUGGGAUGUGUGGGUGGGAGCCCAGUUUGGAGAAGCUGCACUCCAGGCUGCAAAGAGCAGGAGGAAUGAAUGCAAAGCUUCUGGGGUUCUGAAGGAGGUGGCUCAGGGCAAGGAUGUGGCCCAGAAGCAGGAUGUGGCCAAGGGCAAGGCAACUUCCUGUUUUUGUUGGGAGGGAUAUGCGAAUGGCCUGGGAGGGCUGACCAGCAGAGUGAUGGCUGGAUGGGAUGAUGGCCAUUGGCAGGGUGGCAAAGGAACCAGUGGCAUGGCUACCAGGGUGGCAGUGGUUGGUGGCUUGGCUGGCAAAGCCAUCAGAUGUGUGAUGGUGGAGUGGCAGGACCAGGAUGGCAGGGGUGGUGCAGCAGGUGAUGAACCCAUGGGAGAGCCCACCAAUGAGAAUGACAACUGCCCACCCUGGUUGAGAACCAUGGGGUUUACAAUCCUUGAGGCUGACAACCAAGCUGACAUAUUCCUGAAGAUUGAGGUGGCCAGCAGGAUGAGGAACAGUGAUGCCACCCCUCAUGAGAGAACCAAGAUCCAGAAUUUCAUCUACUCCAGUGUGAAGAUGAAGGAGGACAGUGCCAAAGUGUUGCAAUUCUUUGGCCAGGCAAGGGGGGCUGGAAGAUCCUGCAAGGCCAUCAUCCAGGACCUUUGCAAGGUGAUGGCAGUGGGGACUUUGCAGCUGCCAUUCCCAGUUGCCACCCUCACAGACUUGGAGCAAAGGGCCUACAUGACUGCUGAUGGAGCUGCAGAAUGGCUCUUCAGCAGGGCCCAUGCCUUUUGCCAAAUUGGGACUGGUCCAGGAAGGUACUUGAGAAACAACAGGGGCACCAUUGAAGGGGAGAUGCUCAAAUUUCAAGUGCCCCAAGGUCAGUUCCACUACAGGGGCAUAGAGAGUGGUGGCAAUGGCAUUGAAGAGGAAGGUGGCAGCCAGUGGAAGGACCACACUUUUGAAAGCAGUGCUUUUUUUGUUGUGCUGCUUACUCUGCUGAGGAGCAGGGCUUUGAAGGCACACAGCAAGGUGAAAGCCUUGAAGUUGGUCCUGGGGUUGGCUGAAAAAGCUUUCCAAUUGAUGGAUGUGUCAGCCCCUUUCAUGGCUUUGGUCACCCAGAAGAGUGGUACAAUGGUGGCCAGAGAAUUGUACUUCUCAGCACAAGGUUUGUGCCACACAUUUGGUGAGUUCAUCAGGCUGUGCCCUGGAGCUGCAGCCUUAUGGACAAAGCUCACCUCCAGAUGUUGGCUCAACAGAUGCAUAGCUUCCUCAUCUGAAUCACCUUCUUUCCUGGACCUCUGGUUCUUCUUGGUGUACCUCUACUGCCAUCCCAAGUUGAAAUCCCUUGGGCAAAACAUAUGGCUGUGCUUGGGCAUCCACUUGCUCAUGGAACUUGUGCAGAGGACAGGUGAUGCCCUGACACAAGCAGCCCAUGAAGCCAGCAGGGAAGCUUUGAAAAUGCUUCCAACAUUGAAAACCAAAGCUGGCUUUAUCAGGAAAAUUGCAGAUCCUGUCAACAGGGUGCUUCUCCUGCUGAAAUUGAAAAAAGAGAAGCAACACAGAAGGAGGAUUGCUUCCACCCAUGAAGAGCUUGGUGGGGCAAGCAACAGGAUGAUAGUCUUUGAGAACUACAUGGAUUGCUUGCUUCAUUUGAAAGCCUUGCAGAAUGGCUGCUCAGGGUGUAAGCAGUUGUCCUGUUCAUGGGAUCCAUCAUCUUAUGGAGGAAAGGACAUCAUGAUGGCCAUCAUGUAUGAUCCUUUCUUGGAUAAAGCAGCAUACCUCAUGUGUCAGCACAUGACACAAACAAUGCUGUCAGAACUCCAUCCCUCCCUGCUACCAGCUGCCAAGGGCAGGAGGUUGCUGAGAUUGGAAGGGUUCAAGGAGAUCAAGGGCCUGAGCUCAGCCUUGGCCUCCAUGGGCCUUUCUCUUGUAGACUUCCAGGUGCCCAGUGGCCUUCUUUGCAGACCACUCACUGCCAAUGAGUUUCGGUUGGAGGCCACAGAUGGCAGCUUCUGGAGGAAGGAUGUGGGUACCAAUGCUUUGGUGCCUGAAGUUCCAUCUGGAAUGGACUUGGGCUCAUUGCCUUGCUUGAUCUCCAUAUCUGACCAAGGGCCAAAUAUUAUUGGUGCCACCAACUAUCUUCAGUACUCAAAGAAUGCCCUCAUGUUCCUUUCACUCUUUGAUCCAUUUCACCGAGCAUGGAAUGAUUUGAAGGGUGCAUUGAAGGCUUCCAUGUCCAGUGCUUGGAGGACUGUACUGGAGCUUACACUGGUUGCCAAUUUAAAUUAUGGCCCUUUUGGGAGCUCCACUUGGCACUUCAAAAAAAAAUCUAGACUGGAAGAUUUUUGUGCCACAAAGAACUGCUUUGAUGAGAUCUGGGUGAAGUACCAGCACCUUAUAUGCAAGGAGAAAAAGAUCCCAGAACCAAGCAGUGUGGAUGACUCCCAAGCCCUCUUUGACAGCCUUCGGUCAUUGGACUCAUUUGCAACCAAGGGCCCACUCAUCAAGUUGAUGCGGUGGUUUUCAUGGUUUGAGUCCAUGGUCUUCUACAGUGGUGAACUUUGGAUGACCAAGAUGAUCUUGGAAUCAGCCAUGGACCACACUGACCAAGGCUCUGAAGAGGAGGUGGAGGAGAAGCCUUUGACAGGCCACAGAGAUCACCAAAAGGAGCUGCAAGAUCUCAAGAGGAGGAAAGGCAGCUGGAAAUUGGCCCCACAGCUCAUCAACCACAAGAACAUGGCAGUGAAGGACUGCAUUAUGUCAGUGGGGAAGAGCACUUGGGAGCUAUUUGCAGCCAGGGCCAGGGACAUCUGUUCCCCCAGCCAUGUGCUGGAGCUGAACAUCAGCUGUUCUCACCUUGGUGUCUGGAAGCAGGAGCUAGCUGAGAUUGUGUCGACAUCCUUGUAUGAUGACAGGCACAUGCAGCACCUGUUUCCUGAGUUCAAGGCCCAUGAGCAGGUGUUGGUGUGGCACACAGACUUGAUGGACAGGCUGUUGCAAACCAGAGCUCAAAGUUUGGCAGUCUUCCAUUGCUUGCCUCCCAACUUGUACAACCACCUGCUGGCUCCAUCGCCACAGACUGCUCUCUCUGCUAGUGAGCUAGCCCUUACCCAUUGGAAGAAGCUGCUGAAGGCAGAAGAGGCUGAACUGGCAGGAGAGCAAGUGAAGCCCUUGAAGACCAUGUUUUGGCGAUUCAAUCCCCUUGUGAGAACCCUCUUCAUGUCCUAUGAGCAGGAUUCAGCAAAGGGCAAAUUCUUGUCCAUUGACAGUGCUGCUUUGAGACUGCAGAGGGUGAUAGCAAAAAAUCUUGGUGAUUCAAGGGUGAUUGAAAACGUGCAUCAACAUGGCAGGGACCUGUACAGAGCAUCCAAGGCAAAAUCAAUCUCAAACACUGCCAUCAUGGCAAAUUGUUUGAGAUCAGGUGUCCUGGAGCAGAGACAGGUCCCCAUGAUUACAGCUGAUGCAGUGCAAAAGGCCUUGGGAGAAACUUGGAAGCAAAGCAACAAAGAAAGUGUCGUCAAAAGCAUGAGGAGCAAGGGAAAAGGUCUGCCCUUGGAACUUCAGAAGCUUAUGAUGGCACAGAAAGGUGAUCAUUCUUGGCCCUCACCUGCAGCUGGCACUUUGUUUCAGUCAGUAAUGUCCACACACUGGCUGUUCUACUACUGGGAGAAUGAAGAUGCCAAGCUGAACAAGGUGGAUGUCAAUGGUGCUUGGCUAUCCUUCUUGGCCAGGCCUGGCUCAAUCCUUGCCCAAAACUCUGAAGGAUUGUUGGUGAAAGUCCUGGCAUCAGCUGAAUUUGGCUUUGUGGGCCUCAGGAUGAAGGUGAUUGCCCCUGGGGUGAACAGGUUCUACUGCUGUAGCCAGGGCAGGGACCACAUCAUGUUUCAUCACAUCUGGGACUUGGAGGAUUGGAUUGAGCUCCAAGUUGAACCCUGCUUGGUUGGUGGCCACAGUGGACCUGUUGGGUGGCAGAGAACUGCUGAUGGACCACUUCCCUUGCAUGUUGCUGCCCUGGUUCAUGGCCAUGCAAUGACCUUCCAGCAGGCCAAGGGUCUCCUGAAUAUGUUUGGUGGUGCUGAUAAUUUACCUGCCAACCCCUCCAAGAAAGUUGUCAUGCAGAAGCUGAUAGCUUUGGUGGUGCCAGAACAACUGGUAGAGCAGGCUUUGUCACACCUCCAAACCACUGAGACCAAGGAUGACAAGCUUUUUGAUUCAGACUUCUCCGAACUACUCUCUGAACUUGGUCAGGAUGAGAACAAUCUCCAGGACCUCAAAGAGUACAAGGAGAAGAAAAAGUUCUACAAGAUGAAGAGAAGGAUGAAUGCCAAGGAUCAGCCAAUUCCAAAGAGGAAGCCCAGGGGUAAGGCCAAGGCCAAGGGCAAGGCCAAGGCCAAGCCCAAGGCAAAGGCAGUAGGGAAGGCAAAGGGUGAUCUGGGGUGCCAGUUCAGGCAGAGAGCAAGGAGGUUUAUGAGGAAGAGGGAGGAAGAGAAGGGGAUGGAGUGUGAGCAAGCUUUGGAUGAGGUGGGGGGGUUGGAUCUUUUUGGUGAGCCAGGUGCCAUGGAUAUGGAUGUUGAGGUGGCAGAGCCUGGCCAAGAUGCUGUGGUGGGUGAGGCAGGUGUGCCAUUGGAGCAGGAAGGUGAGGGAAAGGAUGGGGAAGGUGAGCCAAUGGUGGCAGAGGAGAGCGGGCCAAGGGUAGGGGCAGGUGAGCCAAUGAUGGCAGAGGAGGGUGAGCCAAGGGGAGGGGGAGGUGAGGUGGCUGAGCCCAGUGCCAUUGAAGGAGAGGCAGGGGCCAUGCCAGGUGGGGCAGGUGAGGCAAAUCCUGAAGCCAAGGCAAAGGCAUUGCCUGCAGGCCCAAGGGCUGAGAGGAGGAGAUCCCCAGAAGAGCUCAUGGCCUUGAUUGGAACCCCCAGGAUGUCACAUGGGGAUUUCAUUCAAUGUGCACACCUUCACUUCAAAUUGGCACCAGGACCACCCAGAACUUCCAGGGGUGCUUUCCCAAAGGACUUUCAGCAGAGGUUUCUUUGCCAAGAGGAGCUGGCGAGAUGCUCUGUUUGA